CUGCCUUUGGGGAUGCUGGAGCUGAAGGUUCCAGUCCUUGGGGAAAGAAGAUGCUCCAGACCAGCAACUACAGCCUGGUGCUGUUCCUGCAGUUUGUUCUGCUUUCCUACGACCUCUUUGUCAACUCCUUCUCAGAGCUGCUCCGCACAGUCCCUGCUGUCCAGCUCGUCCUCUUCAUCAUCCAGGACAUUGCUAUUCUCUUCAAUGUCAUCAUCAUCUUCCUCAUGUUCUUCAACACCUUUGUCUUCCAAGCUGGGCUGGUCAACCUCCUCUUUCACAAGUUCAAGGGGACCAUCCUGCUGUCAGCAGCCUACCUGGCCCUCAGCAUCUCCUUCCACAUCUGGCUUAUGAACCUGCGCUGGCGAGACCCCAGCCGCUUCGUGUGGACCGAAAGCCUCCAGACUCUCUUUGUUUUCCAACGGCUGGCAGCCGUGCUCUACUUUUACUUCUACAAGAGGACAGCAGUGCACCUGGGGGACCCUCUCUUCUACCAGGACUCGCUCUGGCUGCGCAAGGAGUUUGCACAUUUCCGUGGCUGAUGGCUCCCAGCAAGCUCUGGGCCACCCACCACCCAUCCCGCUCAGCUUGCCAGCAGCUCCCAGCACCUCUCUGCACUUUGCUGGUUCCGCUGGGGACAGGAGGUUUUGGCUCCUCCGUCUUCCUGUGUUCCUCCAGCACUGGCACAGCUCCUGUGGGGGCCUCCCAGCGUGUCCUGGCUGUGUGGUGGGAAGGUCCAU